GAGCUGUUGUUAAAUGCCUCCAGCGCUCGGCUUCACCACUGCAGAAACACACACACACACACACACACACACACAGACAGACUCUCUUCAGCGAGAAUCACGAGACCAGCGCUGUCCACAGCACGCUAAAAAAAUAUCUUUGUCGUUAUUUGUGGUGUUUGAAACUUUGUUGCGCUAAGUUUGAUCUUAACCCAACACGAGUGUGGGACAGAAGCAAGUCUUCAGAGCUCUGGUUUAUCAUCGUGUUCAGUGGCACAGAGUUUAGAGCGCAUUUCACCCACGAUGUCCACCAACACGCAGCAGAGCAAGAGCUGCCCCAUUCCCACGCGUGUCCUGCACCUCAAAGACUGGUCCCAGCUCCCAGACUGCUACAGCCAGACCCCUGGAGGAACACUCUUCUCCACCACACCAGGGGGAACUCGGAUCAUUUAUGAUAGAAAAUUCCUCCUGGACUGCAGGAACUCUCCCAUCGCCCGGACCCCGCCCUGUUGUUUGCCCCAAAUUCCUGGGGUGACUGUUCCUUCACACCAUCCCAUGUCCAAACUGCAGGAACUCAAAGAGGAGUUGGAGGAGGAGAAGGAUCUGGCAGCGGAUGACAACCAGUUUGAGAUGGACAUUUGAGUCUUUCACCUUCCUCCUGUGGAGAAUUCUUUAUUUUAUGUCGGGAUGUUGCUGCUCACCCCACGAUCAGCAGACAUCACAUAUUCACCAGAUUACAGGGCUUUUUAAUGAGCUAAACCGCCAAAGGGUGUCUUAUUCUUUUGUUUAAAAGUAUUUGUUAGACGUUUACAAGAAAAGAAAAAAACAUUAUUUUCAAGUGGCAGUGUUUUAAAGUUCUUUAUUGUACAUAUGGUUGUUUCUACUUUUUUUUUUUUAAGAAAAUGUAGCAUUACGUGUGAACCGGGGGAAAUCCACGGCAAAAUCUCGAAUUUCUGAGCUUUAUAUCUCAACAAAGACUGUUGAUUUUUUUUUAAUGGUAAAUAAAUGUGCCAAAUAAAUGUCUGUAGCGUAAGUUUGGUGUUUCACCUAAAAAAACACAUCAGAACAUAAAUGUACACCAUUGUGUGUCCUCAGGGUUUUCCUUUUGUUUUAUUUGCCUGGAUUUCCUCAGGUUUUAUUUUGAUUGAAAUAAAAGAAAAAAGAAAAAUAGUUGUCAUUUUAUCUGUUUAGAGUUUAAGAAAAUUUCAUUCUGGGAUACUGCUAUACAUUUUGGGUUUCAAAGUUGCAUAACACGCCUACAAAAACCAUGUUACUUCUGUAAACUAGAUUUGAUUUUACAGAAGGAAUAAUCAGAACUUGCAAGGCAGCAAGAUUUGUCAACUAACAUUUUAAGCAAAACAUUGGCCAUAUGAAAAACUUUGUCGUGAAUAUGACUGUCUUGGAGGAAAAACACUAGAAGACACAAAUGAACUUCAUAAACAAAAUGUUUGUAAUAUUCUUUUUAAAUGUUUUUGCUAAAGUCUUUUAUGCACCAAGUCUGCAUUUAUUUGAUAAAACGGAAAGAGUAUUGUAAUGUAUUAAUUUAAAAUAACUGGUUUUAAUAGAUUUUAACAUAAGUAAUUUAUUACUCCAGGCUUCAGCGUAACAUGAUCAUUUGAAUUAUGCUGAUUUGAUGCUUUAGAAAAACGUAUUGUUAAACUGUUUUACUGCUUAAUAUGCUGGAAAUUGUAAUAGAACACUUAUUGAAAUAUACAUUUUAGGUCUUUACUGCCACAUUUAAAUCAAUUACAUACCUUAAAAUAGUACUACUUAUAAAAAAUAAAAAUAAAAAAAGACUUUAGCCUGGCCUCUGCUGGUAGGUGCCGUUACUACGCACCAUGCCAAUUUUAGACUGCUUUCUAAACAAAUUGAACUAAACUCUGCACAUAUCGGCUUAAUAAAAAAAUAUCCAGAACUGACAAGUGUAAAAAUGUUGCUGUUGCUUUAAAUAGAAUUUUAAGUUCAAACAAAAGCAGAAAUGAAAGAUCCAUCUCCAACCAACCUUACAACCUAGUUUUUGCUGUCAUUUUGUACAGUAAUAAUGCGGUUAUCACAGACGUUAUAAUUUCUUCAAAUGCAAACUAGACUUUAUUGGUUAUAAAAGAUGACUUCAUUAUGCAAAAGAUACACAAAAGACUUAGACAUCUUAAAAAUCAAGUUUAUUUCUUGAAAUGUGUCCAAGACACUGGAGAAAUGUGUAUCCAGUGUUUCGAGAAAGAAUCAUGUUACAGUUACCUGUGUAUGUUUUGAGGUAUAGCUGAAUCACUAUUAAAGCCACUCUUAAAUAUAUAACAGGAUGAGAGGAUUUCUCCAUAAAAGCAGUAGAGAGAAAAAAAAAAAAAAAAAAAAAAAAAAAAAAAUCACCAAGACUUGCCACUAACAGAUUUCAACGGACAAGCUUACAAUCGAUAAGAAAUCCCUUUUCAGCUCACCUUGAAGCCAUGCAGCUUUGCAAAACAAAGCAAAGGUGACAAAAGGAAAGAAAAUAAAUCUAGAAACACUAAAGAAAAAUUAACCAAAACUGUUUAUUUUGAAAGCAUUUUGAGGGCUCUGAGCCUAGAUGUGAUAGACACAGCCAUGAUGUAAAAUACAACCAUACAAUACAAUAGAUUCAAAAAGGUACCAAAAAGUACAGUAAAAAAAUAACACUUCCAUCUCUGGAAAUGUAAAAAGGACACAAAAUGAAAAAAAAAAAAAAAAAAAAAAAUUAUAAAACAAA